UUUUCUACCCCUCCUAUCAGCUUGCAGCUCAGACUCCAGUGUCUACACUCAAUGGUCUUUUGUAUGUAGACACUGAAUAGGCACUGUACAGUCUCACUCCUCCCUCACCAGUUCAACCUCCCUCCCUCUCACCCCUCCUCUUUUACGCUUCCUAGCAAGUGCUUGUCCCUUGACACAAUUACUGACGUCACAGGUGGCUUGAUGAGCUUCCCUGCAGUGCUUUGUUCAGCGUGAUCAGUUUUGGAAUCAAAAGUUGAGGGGGGAGGCAGCUGGCUGCCUGAAAGCAUCAGGUGUGCGUACAGAGGCAGGGGGAGAAAGGAGAAGAGGAACAGCAAUCAGAUGAAUGAGCUGCGCAGCACAGGACAUGUGAUAGGACAGCAGGACCGUGCUGGGUCUAUAGCGGCAUGUUUUUGUCACAAUCAAGAUACAAGGACAGCCGUUAGAGGGAGAUGAACUUGUAUUAAUUUUUUGGGAACUGGGCGGACUAAAUGAUUCUGUCAAUAAAUUACCAUUACCACUAGUUUGUCUUUGGACUUGCGCAUAAGGGUGAGCUGUUCUUCUGCUGGACCAUGACUGGCAAGCAAAGAAUCCAAUGGAGGUCCAUGUGCAAAAGCCUGGUCCUGGGUACAUUUCUGACAAGCUGCAUGAUCCUUGUUUACUGCCUCUCCACCCCACAAGUCCACUUCAGUCUGCCUGAAGUUCCGGUGCCUUAUUCCUGCGCCCACCGUCCAACACAGUCCCACCACAAACCAACCAUCAACAAUUCAGACACUGCCUACACCUGUGCUCCUAAAGUUGAUAUCAUGUUCAUGAAGACCCACAAAACAGCCAGCAGCACCUUCCUUAACAUCCUUUUCCGAUUUGGAGAGAAACACCAGCUCAAAUUUGCUUUUCCCGACAGCAGAAAUGACUUCUUCUACCCAUCUCUUUUCCAGCGCUCCCAUGUUAAAGACUACAGACCGGGAAUGUGUUUCAAUAUUAUCUGUAAUCACAUGCGCUUCAAUGCACCUGAAGUGUCCAAGUUGCUGCCUGUGGACACAUCCUACAUCACCAUUCUGCGAGACCCUGCAGAGCUUUUUGAAUCCUCCUUCCACUACUUUGGCCGCCUGGUGCCUUUUACUUGGAAGAUACCAGGUGACGACAAGCUGACUGAGUUCCUACGUGAUCCCCACAAGUACUUUGAUCCAGAGAGUUUCAACUCUUACUACCUCAAGAAUCUGCUGUUUUUUGACUUUGGACUGGACAACUCUCUGGAUGUGAAUGAUCCGCGAGUGGAAGAAGGAAUCAAAUUCAUCAGUGACCGUUUUCAGCUGGUCAUGUUAGUGGAACACUUUGAGGAAUCACUCAUCCUGCUAAAGGAUGCCCUCUGCUGGGAGAUGGAUGAUUUGCUCUUCUUUAAGCUCAAUAUCCGUAAGGGAUCCACUGUGUCUAAAUUUACUCCUGAGCUGAGAGCUAGGGCCCUUGAGUGGAAUGCUAUUGAUUGGAAGCUAUACCAGCAUUUUAAUCAAACUUUCUGGAAGAAAGUAGAUAUGUACGGGCGGAAGCGUAUGGCUGCGGAUGUGGCAGAGCUCAAGAAGAGGAACAAAGAGAUGACAUCUAUCUGCAUUGAGGGUGGCCAUGCUGUAGAUGCUGGCAGCAUCCAAGAGACAGACAUGCAGCCCUGGCAGCCAAUCGGAGAGAAGUCUAUCAUGGGCUAUAAUUUAAAAAAGAAUAUAGACAAAGCACAUCGGAAGCUGUGUCGCAAGAUGUUAAUGCCUGAGAUUCAGUACUUAACAGAGCUUGGGGUGAACCUUUGGAUUACCAAGUUGUGGGGCCAUGUCCGAGAUAUAAUUAACUGGUAACUGAGUGUGUGAGCAACAGGGGCCAAUUUAAAUCUGAAACACUGUAUUAAGAAGUACUGCAUGGCUGACAG